AUGACCGUGUAUCUGGGCCUGCAAGGGAACGACUUCAUCCUCAAUGGCAAACUGCAAGACGUCAACGCCGAGGAAAUCUACGCCCCGCUUACAACGCCCGUGUUCGGCAGCGACAUCAUCUACGACUGCCCAAACGCAAAGUUGAUGGAGCAGAAGAAAUUCGUCAAGGUUGGCCUCACACAUGAUGCGUUGUGCUCCUACGUGCCUCUGAUCGAGAAAGAAGUCGUCGAUUACCUCAAAGUGGCUCCUGCAUUCAGGGGCCAAUCUGGCACAGUCAACAUCCCUGCUGCCAUGGCUGAAAUCACCAUCUUCACAGCAAGCAGGACGUUACAGGGCAGGGAGGUCCGGGGAAAGCUGUCGGCUGAAUUCGCGGAGCUAUACCACGAUCUCGAUCUUGGCUUCCGGCCCAUCAACUUCCUGAUGCCGUGGGCACCGUUGCCACAAAACAGACGCCGAGACGCUGCCCAUGCAAAGAUGAGAUCAAUAUACAUCGAUAUCAUCAACGAUCGUCGAGUAUCCGGCAAGGUACCCGACCAAGAUGCAGAUAUGAUUUGGCAUCUGAUGACUUGCGUCUACAAGGAUGGAACGCCUCUUCCAGACAAGGAAAUUGCGCAUAUGAUGAUCACGCUGCUCAUGGCGGGUCAGCACUCGUCUUCCUCCUCAAGCUCCUGGAUCAUGCUCCGCCUCGCGUCUCGGCCCGACAUUGUCGAAGAGCUGUAUCAGGAACAAGUGAGGAAUCUUGGCUAUACCGGCUCUGAGCCCCUACAGUACUCAGACAUUGAUAAGUUGCCUCUUCUGCAGAACGUCAUCAAAGAGACUCUGCGGGUUCAUUCCUCGAUUCACUCCAUCAUGCGAAAGGUCAUGCGGCCGAUUCCGGUACCCAAGACCGACUACGUUAUCGGGCCGGAUAAAGUGCUUGUGUCAUCGCCAAUCAUGUCACACAUGAGCGAGGAGCACUUUGCCAAUGCGCACGUCUGGGAUCCGCAUCGAUGGGAAAACAUGUCGACCGAGGAAAAGGGGGACAUGGUUGAUUACGGAUAUGGACAAGUCUCCAAGGGAACCAAGAGUCCGUAUCUGCCGUUUGGUGCCGGCCGGCAUCGCUGCAUCGGCGAGAAGUUUGCCUAUAUGAACCUGUGCACCAUUAUUGCCACGCUUGUGCGAAAUAUGAAGUUUACCACCGUGGAUGGUUCGUCUGCCGUGCCGCCGACAGACUACACGUCUCUGUUUUCCAGGCCCAUGCAGCCAUCUACGAUCCGCUGGGAAAGACGCGCAAAUGUCCCUAGCCAAGCCUAG